AUGGUGGCUAAAACCAGAAAACAGACCGGGAAGAGUCAAGCGACCCACGCUGACCGCGACAAGAGCCCGCUUGUUUCGCCCCCUGGCAAAAGUAACGUUCGGCGACCAGGCAGGGAGGGCAAAGCUUCCAACAGCUCUCAUCCGAACGGGCUCUCGGGCAUCAGCCACAAGCUUGGGCUAACUCCUGCUGUCGCGAAGCUGGGAAUCACUCUUCUCCUCGCUGCUCUGACUGGGUAUCUCCACUGGCAUCAUCUCUCACAGCUGUUUGAGAAUGACAGACACUUUUCACACUUGUCCAACCUGGAGAAGGAAAUGGCUUUUCGGACAGAAAUGGGUCUGUACUAUUCCUACUACAAGACGAUUAUUGAGGCUCCUUCUUUCCUGGAAGGUCUACACAUGGUCAUGAACGAUCGUCUGACGGAGUACCCCCUGGUUAUUAACACACUGAAGAGAUUUAAUCUCUAUCCAGAGGUGGUCCUGGCCAGCUGGUACCGGAUGUACACAGGUGUAAUGGGAUACUUUGGCAUUCCCACAAAGAUGUGCUGGUCCAUCAAUAGAGGCGAGGGACUCACUCCUGUGGACAGCUGUGAAGGAAUGGGCGACCCGGCGUAUUUUUACGUGACCUGUGUGUUCCUGCUGAACGGUGUGAUGAUGAGCUUGUUCUUCAUUUAUGGAGCCUACCUCAGCGGCAGUCGACUGGGCGGCGUUGUCACCACAAUGUGUUUUUUCUUCAAUCACGGCGAGAGCACUCGUGUGAUGUGGACGCCGCCCCUGAGGGAGAGCUUUGCCUACCCCUUCUUAGUCCUGCAAAUGCUACUUCUCACCUACAUCCUACGGACACGGAACCCGAGCAGGACUUCCAUGGUCGCUCUGGGGAUCUCCACUUUGUGCUUUAUGUUGCCUUGGCAGUUCGCCCAGUUUGUACUGCUCACUCAGGUUGCUUCCCUGUUUGCUUCUUACAUCCUGGGUUACCUUGGCGCCGCCAAAAUGCAAUCCAUCCUGGUCACUCACAUGAUCACUCUCGGCAUCUGCUUUAUCCUGAUGUUUGGCAACUCCAUGCUGCUCACAUCAUUCUACGCCUCCUCACUCGUCUCCAUCUGGGGAAUCAUUGCAUUGAGGAAUCUGUUUGCUCAAGUCUUCAAACCUGGCGUUGUCAUCUGGGUCAUGCAGGUUGUUGCUUGGGUUGGCUCCACAGUUCUGCUCAAAUUUAUGCUGUCCACAAUCCUCUGUGCCUCAGAUGAUGCUCACAUCAGUGGAUUGAUCAAGUCUAAGUUCACGAACUACAAGGACUUCCACACUCUGAUGUACACUUGUGCUGCUGAAUUCGACUUCCUUGAGUUAGAGACCCCUCUACGUUACCUCAGAACGUUGCUGCUGCCCAUCAACAUCCUGGUGGUUGUUCUCAUUGCUUGGAGGACUGUUCAGGAUAUAGUCCGGUUCCUGAGGGACGGAGGGAAGACAGACGAUGCAGAUGAAGCUGCAGGGUCUGAAAUAGUCGGAAAAGGAGAGCUGGUGUACCACAGUCUGCAGCUGGUGGCGUUUGCUGUCCUUGCCAUCCUCAUCAUGCGCCUGAAGCUCUUCCUGACGCCCCACAUGUGCAUCAUGGCCUCGCUCAUCUGCUCCAAACAGUUGUUUGGCUGGAUUGGGGAGAAGUUUAAACACCAGACUGCCGUGUUUGCGCUCAUGGCAAUCAUGGCCGUACAGGGAGUGGCCAACCUGCAGGCCCAGUGGGCCAUCAUUGGAGAGUUCAGCAACCUACCGCAGGAGGAGCUGCUGGACUGGAUCCAGGACAACACCCCUCCUGAUGCUGUGUUUGCUGGGGCCAUGCCCACCAUGGCCAGCGUGAAACUUUCCACAGGUCGGCCCAUCGUCAACCACCCCCACUAUGAAGAUGCUGGUCUGAGGGAGAGAACCAAGCUGGUUUACUCCAUGUACAGCCGCAUGUCUGGAGAAACCGUUAAGAGGAACCUGAUGAAGCUGGGAGUGGACUUCUUCGUCCUGGAGGAUUCCUGGUGCACUAGGCGAACCAGGCCCGGGUGCAGCAUGCCAGAGAUCUGGGAUGUUGAGGAUUCAGAAAAUGUUGGUAAAAUUCCCCUCUGCACCCACAUGUCCAAGAACUCACGGCCCCACUUCACCACAGUCUUUUCCAAUGACAUUUACAAAGUCCUCAAAGUUCCCAAAGCUACCAAAGAUCUCAGAUAACAUCGUGGGACAGACUGGUUUACCACCAAACCUGCUGGUUUUUCCACCACUUCUUUUUUUAAUAUGUUUUGGUCGGUCACUGCCAUUGCUGCUUUUUUACUUUUUACUUCCUCAAACCCCCCACAGUUCCACUUUUUUUGUGGGGCUCUGUUUCACUGAGCAGUGGACUAAUAAUAGGCUUGACAUGCCAAAACACUUUGUCAUAGGAGACUUGGUGCACCCACAGUUGUCAGUAUUUGUGACUUAAAGAAACUCAUUUUGCCAAUCAUCCUUAUUGCUGCGUCUUUGUCAUCCAGCGACGUUCCUAUUACGCAGCAGUUUCUGCCCAAGUGAAAGCCAAAAGGUGUUGUAGCUUUCAUUUAGUUAUUUGCAUUGGUUCUGUGACAUAGAAUGCUUAUUUUAAGAAACAUUGUUCUCAAAGAGAUGCUGUUCUUACAUCAGUAUUGUUUUUUAUUGUAUAUAAUUCAUAUUCUUUGACUUAACGCUAAAGAAGUAAAUUUUGUGUGGCGGGACCAAUCGAUGAUGUCCUCAUACUGUGAAGCAAUACCCUUUGCAAACUUGACAAAAGCAGACUUUUAUUGUUAUGCACAGUGUUGAGCUGAAAGAUUUUUCAGUAGUACACUAUUUUUAUAAUUUAUUUGUGUGAAUAUUUUAUGCAAACGUCGAGGUGUUAAGAACAGUGUUUUAAGAGUCUUUAGAAUCACAGGGGAUGUGUUUGGAAGCUUUUAAAAAAUCUUUUUAAUACAUAUCAUUCAGCUUUGGUGUCUAGAUGAAAUUCACUCAAGAUUUUGAACAAAAUUCCACAUGGUAGAAGAGCUUUUGUUCUUGAUUAAGUUAUAAACUGAAGGUUUAUAUGGCAAAAUCUCUUAACUCUGCCCUGGAACAAAUGUUUUGUAAAUACCCAAACAAUUAUUUUGUAAAAUACCAGUGUACGGCCUUUAAAGGGUUCCUUUGUGUCUUGAAUGAUUGUUUAUUGCCAAAGUCUUGUUAUUAAAGCUGCGUAUUCGGGUACAGCACAUGAAAAAUGUAUUUUUAGUGAUUGAGAACCCUGUUUGUCAGUUGUGUAACAGCCAGUCCAAACCACUUGUAGCAGUUUACUUGAUGUGAGUGGUACUAGAAAAUAAUUCUUUGAUUCUCAUUUCAAUUAACGUGAUUGCCACGAUAAUGCGACCAUGAAGCGGAGUGAAACAAAAGAGCUAGGAGUAGCUGUAGUGUGCACCAAUGACCACCAGGUGGCACAUGUGAGCAACCCAGAUGCAUUUUCUCUCUGUCUCUACAGUAGGGUCGUCAUGGCGACAAUGCUCAGCAGGCAGAUGGUGGAGGAACAGAGAAACGUCAUAAAAACUCUUUGGGAAUGAGUCACAGCACUCUUUUCUGGCAGGCCUGUACAGUAUGCUUAGACAUUACAGUCUUAAUUUCAUAAUGGACUUUUAUGAUAUUUAAACCACCCAUCCAUCAACCGUUUAUACUCAUCUAUCAGACACAGUUUUAUCAAUAAUAAUAAUUUUCUUUUCAGGUUCAUCAUUGAUGAUAAAUGAUCUGAGGUAAAAACUGUCAAGCCCAAACUAAGCCAAAAUAUGUGCUGGUAAAACAUUUGAUUCAUAGAUCUCCAGAAAUAAAGUUUCAAUGUUGUUGCAUUA